UGUGACCUCCCACUAUCUCCCUAAUCUAAAGGCUAUUGUUGACUGACGGCUCAGAUGGCCAAUUAUUUUGACACAAACAGAACCACAACGCACAGCCUGCCUACCCACUUGCGAAAAAGAGCAAACACUUCUCGAAAUGUUAAAGUCGAUAAAGGAAACCAAGUGAAUAAGCAGGCAAUACGUUUCCACUACGCUUCAAUUUGGAAGCUGAAUCAAGCACUCCAGGAGCCGACACACAAUGAAGACGGUGGGGCUUAUUGUAUUGAUAUCUCUAUCAUUGGGCAUAGAUGCCAUGAUUCGGUAAGUUUGCUUGAAUCAACGGACGUAAAUACCCGAUUUCAUUUGUGUUUAACCCCUUUAAAGAACAUGCCGGCCUAUAUUGUCAGAACAAAAUAUGUUUUGUUUUUUUAACUUAAAUUCCUAUAUACAAUGUCAUACUCAUUGAAAAUUGUAUCAUAUAGAUCUGUUCAUUCUAAAUAAGCAGGGCUUUCCAUGCUGGUAUAUAAUCAUUUAUGACUACAUGCUAGGGGAUAUUAUUGUACAGCGCUACGGAACUUGCUGGUGCUAUGUAAAUAAUAAAAUAAUGAUAAAUUAUAUUUAAUGUGUUUACAGUUCCGUAAGAUAUGUAAUAUAACAAAUGCUUAACCCCCUUUGGGACAAGAAUGGUUAAAGGGACACUCCACUUCUCAAAAAUAAUAAAUCACAAUCACUGUUUAGUAGAUUUACCCCAAAUUAAAACAAGCAUGCAUUUAAUUGUGGAUUUGUUCAUAUAUCUAAAAACAGCUUGUAAAAGCUGUAGAUCUCUUGUCUGCAGCCUUUACAAGCCCUCCACUUCUAACCCUGCCCAGACUUUCUUAGGCUGUCCUAUCACAGACUUCCCAUUGCAGCGGUCAAUUUUAGUAAUAUGAAACCCAAAAUGCAGUACUUGUAAUAGUAAACAAAAAUUUAAAAAAAUAAAGGCAAAGGCAAGGUCAGGCAGUCCAAUUGUCAAAUAUCCAGGCAACAAAGGUUCAGAAAUGAUGGGGGGAGCGGGGGGGGAAAAGGUCAGGUAAAUCCAGGAGAGGAGAAAUAACACAGGUAAUUGCAUGGAAAUAGCACAGAACAACUGAGCAAUGACAGUGUAGCUGUUCACCGUUUAAAUAGGGUGCCAAACUAAAGACACACCUUUCUGACAUGCCUUCAUAACACCCUAUUGGUGCAUGGGGCUGUCAGUCAUCAGGGGUUGCCAUGGGAGGUAAUAAUGAUGUUAAUUGAUUCCAGGCAUGCCCACAGGGCUGCCCUGUGACAUGCAACGAUCAUGCAUGUCUUUUAAGCAUCUGUCUUUCCUGGGGGAUAUGACACAAUCUGAGUUCGGAGGCCAAGGCCUACCCCUAGCUUGCGCGUGUUUGGGCGGCCAAUCAACGAAGGUGCUGCCGGACCAGCGAGGAAACCGUAGUUUAGUCUUGACAGCAGCUCAAUGAGAAGUCUUUGCAAGGCAGGUGCUUUGGGCAAUUGCUGCCUCUUGUGUUUAGCUCAACUGAACUAGCCAACCAGGACGUUUUCUGCUUGAAAGCCAGGAAGGUGUAACCAGGUUAAUUUAUAAAAGUGUCAAUUUCUAUUGAAAUCUGCAUUGUUUCCAAAAUAAAUAAAAAAAAUAUAACAUGUUCUUCUCGUGAACAUACUGUGAACAAAUGUGUUCGUGUCUGGAAAAAAAAAAGUAUAGAAAUCCACACUGGGACUAAAUGCCUGCAUCAUAGUUUCCUGUCAAUCUUUAUUAUAAACCCCACCCUUUUCUGUCAUUGAACAUAGUGUGUGGAGGUGGAGAACCAGACACAGUGUUUCCUUUUCCUCUCCUCUAGCGUACUUUGUGCCUUGGUUCUGCCAGGACUUAACUGGAUUGUGAUGUCAGUAGAUACAUAUUUGAUACACUUUUAAAAGAAGAUGAAGUAUCACAAAAAAAAGAAUAACAUAGAUUAUAGGGGAUAUUCAGUGUUUUAUACAUCAUUGUAAUUCGCAGUGGAGUGAUGGUUCCCCUUCAAGAUACUGGAAAAUACCUUCAGAGAUUGGUGGUCACAUUAUCUAUUUGCAUGAUCUCAAGAAAUUGGAAAAUUCAAACUUAAACUCCGCUACGGACUGAUUAAAUCCAUUACAGCUACUUUUACCAUUUAUUAACAUUCUAUGUGCUGUCAGGCAUCAUGUAUUCUGACACUUGAUUACAUGUAGGAUUCUAUUGAUAUGAUUCCUUAAAAAGAUAAAUGUGAGAUUUCCCUCCCUGGAUAUUUAUACUGCAUACUACAGCCACUUUUCAUGUGCUCACUGACAUGUUGACUAUGUGUCCUGAAAACAGUGGACAAAGAGUUAGAAGUACAGCCCAGAUUUUGGGAUUGUUAUUUCUUGAUGAUUGAAAUUCUGUAAGUCAACGUUGUACCUUAGGGGACAAUACUUCAUUGAACUGAAGCAGAGACUACAGCCAAUAGACUGAGGCCUAGCAACUCGGACGUGACAAGUAUCUAUUAGUACAAACCUUCCAGACGUCCUGAUAAGGCCACCGGAGCCUCCACUGCAAAUUUCUUAUUCUUGCCCCCAUUUACCUUCUUUGUGUUUAACUUUCAACUUAAAAUUCUUUAGUUUUAUGAACCUUAGUGUUUAUCAUUUAUGAUUUGGAGAUUGUGGCCUGGCUAAAGUGACAAUGCAACCAUUCAGAAUAUAACAUUGUAUCCCUGAACGUAAUCAUAACUGCACUUUGCUAGAGGCAUAGCGAUAAUAGGAGUGCACAGGCAUAAUACUUCAUUGACAUGCUUCUAUGUUAAUGUAUUACACACACACAUAUACAUAUAUAUAUAUAUAUAUAUAUAUAUAUAAGAAAUAUAGAAUGUGUACUCAUCAAUGAAGUGUGACUCUCUCCCUCUGAUUGGUGCCAACCCGGAUGUGUGCGCGUGACUUGAUGAAUGCACCGUGUGCCGUGAAGCCGUGGUUGCUAGGAAACCCAGUAUAUAAAGUGAUGGUGGUGAACAGAGAUGCACGAAAAGUGCUGAUGCAAAAACACAGAGGAUAUAUAUAUAUAUAUAUAUAUAUAUAUAUAUAUAUAUAUAUAUAUAUAUAUACACACACAUACACUAGCAUAAAAAAGCAGUGGACUACUAAAUCGCAAAAACAAAUAUUCUAUUAUAAACAAUUAUCUAAGGUACUGUGUGGGUCCAAUGGCCACAAAAGUCCAGCGGAGUCCCAAGGGAGCUUCACCCAAUCAUAUAGGGUGUAUUUCCCUUGGGACUCUGCUAGACUAUUGUGGCAGUUGGAGCCACACAAUACCUCGGAUAAUUGUUUAUAAUAGAAUAUUUUAAGCGCCCCUUUUUCGUGCUAUCAAUGUUAUCUAAUACAAUAUAAUGCAGCAUGUAAUAUAUGUAAGUUUAUAUGUCACACAUUUGCAGUAAUACACACUAUAUGUAUAGGAUCUUCAGACCUUGGAACACAUGGACACUACCCCUACCCUCCACAUCACUCUUGUGGUUUUUCACAUGUUCUUCACCUUUCUUAUAACACACACACACAAUUGCCUUGUUUCUACACUCACACUUCCUCCGCUAUCUAUUUGCCUUCCAUAAAUAGGUCUGAUCUGCGGUAUACUAAGAAUUUCUCCUUUCAGUAUUGCAAUAUUAUAUAUAUAUAUAUAUAUAUAUAUAUAUAUAUAUAUAUAUAUAUAUCCUCUGUGUUUUCGUAUCCACACUUUUCGUGCAUCUCUGUUCACCACUGUCACUUUGUAUACUGGGUUUCCUAGCAACCACGGCUUCAUGGCACACGUUGCAUUCGUCAUGUCACAUGACCUUACGUGAAACGUCGAUCAUUGAAUUUUUGUGUGAUGUAACAUUGGAAUAAGUUGUAUAGAUUCAACGUGGGAUUGCACCAAGGCACGUAUUAUUUGGAAUAAAGUUAGGGUGAGAAACUGGGUUUCCUAGCAACCACUGCUUCACGUCAUUUGUGAAUAUAUAUAUAUAUAUAUAUAUAUAUAUAUAAAUUUAUUUUUUUAAUUACAUUUUGUUAUAUUUUUAUUAAUUUAAUAUUUUUAGCCAUAAAACUAGUUCCUGUACUUUUUCAUUUCUUGUUUGGACUGACAUAGCCUCAGUGUAUAGCUUUAAGCAAAUAUCUUGCUACUGAACCAUAUUAAUUUUAAAUGCACCUCUUGUUACAAGUAUAACUUAGUCAGUAUAGAGGAUAUAACAUGUUAUUUAUGUGGCAUGUUAGCCAACUCACUAGCAUAUGCAUAGAUUAAGUUAUUGCUAUAUUUAUUUGUUUGACCUUCUCAGUCUUUACCACUAUGCCAUUGAUUUUUCUUUCCCAAAGAACAAAAAGCUUUGUCACUGAUAUUUUCUACAUACUUGAAAGAGAAAAUCUUAUUAAUUUCUUUUGACUGGGUAGUAUAAAAUUAAAUAGAUACCCAGUAGUGACAUAUGGAGCUCUUUAGGUGGUGGCAGAGAAGGAUUAAGACCCUAGGCAAGUUACCAGUCCACCCAAAAUUCUUCAUAGGGAUAGUUAAUGGGGCCAAGACAUUCAUUAUUUUGGGGCUCCUGUCUAAACCAUGGUACCUAGACAGUCGGCUAGGGUCUUCUUAAUCCUGUUCUUUGUGGUAAAGGGACAGUAGAAUAAUAUCUAUAACAUCAGGCAGUUCCCCUUGAAAACAAACAAGAGAUCCCGAAUUACAUGGGAAUGGCUGGGGGGGUGGUUAAAUUGUUGAGGGUGGUGGGUGUCAUUAACUGUCUGUAGUUGUAAUUGAAGAUCAUCACGGUGGAAGGGAGAAUAUUAUGGGUUAACUAGAGUGGAAUCUGGAAUCGGUGUCACUUACUGGUUUUGGGGAGAAAUUUGGGUGAUUCAGUGGGUGGAAUUUACUAAAUAGUCUGAGGUGGAUAAGGUAGGAGUCAUCGAAAUUUGCUUUUAGUUUAGGCUAAAUGUCUUUUUUUCUGGAAUUUAGCAAUUCCCCUGUAACCUAGUAUCAGCUCAAUUAAAUUACAGCAGAAGCAUUGCAAGGGAAAUCAUGUGAUGCCAUGUUUCAACAAAUUUUCAAGGCAUUUUACCAAUAAUUCAAAAAAUGAUCUUGAACAAAGUAAGAUAAAGACUAUACUCACUUUCAAUGUCCGAAGUUAACUGAAGACCUGAAAGUCUGUCCCGGUUGCCGGUUCACUCCUUAGGUGAGAUCCCUUUGUGUAGUACCAUUGAUCACCACUCUCCCUGUUUGGUGCUAUUCCUUACUUCUUGGAGCAUUAAAUACUUCAACUUGCCCUUGCUAGGCACCUUUAUAGUCUGGCCUCACGCUUAUCUCAGGGCGAGAUCAUUGUUUCCUUGUUCCUGUGUCCUCUGGUCUUGUAUCCUGUGACUCUGUCCCUGCAUCCUGUGGCCUUGUUUCCUGUGACUCUGACCCUGCAUCCUCUGGUCCUGUAUCCUGUGACUAUGGUCUUGCAUCCAGUGGUCUGGUAUCCUGUGAUUUUUGCCUUCCAUCCUUUUGGCACUAGAUGCAUAUCCUGCAGUUCUGGACCUGAGUCUUGUCUGUCUCUCAUGGUGCCUGCCGGGUCCUGCCCAGUGUACUCCAUUUAACCUACAAGACUGCACUUGAUACUCUGCCUGCACUUGCUAGACCUAGGUCUACUGUAUAUUUUGUAUUGGCAUUGUGUUUUGGAAAUUGUUUCGUUAUCUUGUGUCUUUUUGUUUGUUUCAUAAUAUACUUAUUUGUACUCUCAUUCCUUGUGUUUGUAGUUUUUCUCUGCAUACUGGGUUCCUGCACGAAAAGGGAUAUUGCUGUCGCAGUGCAGCAACCCUGACCUAAAAACAAUGAUCUGACCCUGAGGGAAGGGUGAGGCCAAACUAUAAAGGUGCCUAACAAAGGCCAGCUGAAGUGUUUAAUGCUCCAAGAAGUAAGGAAUGGCACCAAACAGGGAGAGUGGUGAUCAAUGGUACUACACAAAGGGAUCUCACCUAAGGAGUGAACCGGGACACUGCAGCAUGAGACUCUAUCAAUCAGGUGCUUCUAAUUCUGGGCUGAGACAUCUGAUCUUAUACUAUAAACUCUUAUCAAGAAAAAGAUGGGAUAAGUAGUUUAUCAACUACAUACAUUUCCACUUAUCACAUAAGAAGUGUGGAACCGCUCUGUUAACUGAUAUAAAAUGUACUAUAUCACAGCUCAUGGUUUUGCGAUCCAAGCUUGAUCUUAGAAGGAUGAAAGGCUGAGUUAAUGCAUGAAUAAUCAAAGAAAUAGUAUGAUGCAGUGGUUACCACUCACUCCACAACAGGGGGAAAGGGUGCCACGGCAUCAAAUCUCCAAAAUGGAGGGUGGUCGCCUAAACUGUGCUCUCAAAGAGCGGGUAACCCUUAAACAUAAAUUACAAAAAACUAAAUACUUGUCAGUGUGAUCCUCCAAAUCAGAAGGAACACACUGAGAGAGAAACCAGAAGGGAUGAAAAGAAUAUGUAAAAUAAUGAACAAAAACCCUACCUUUAUUGGAUCUCGGUUAAAAAUGGGAUAAGCCCAAUAUAACCGAUUACCAUAAUAAGAACUAGGGGAGAGGGCAAACAGACUAAACCUCUGAUAUAUAGAACAAAAAAAUACUUGAAGAAAUGCCUGAGUAACUCUCCUCUUAGAUAGAGGGUGAUCCAGGUCCGCAACCCACAGGGGACAGGGCCUAUAGAGGCCUCUCUAAGCUCAAUAAGAAAAAAUCUGCCUUAGUUCAGGGAAAAAUCCGAGUAGGACCUAAAGGUAUAACAAAGAAAAAGAAUAAGGAGCUGUAUGCUGUCCCUAGGUUACCUCGGCAUCACAUGAAGCUAGUGUCUACCUGAACCCCCAAAAACCUAGUAUUAUGGUAAAAAAGACAAAAGAACUAAACAGUGCUCAUACUGCUACCCAAAAAGAUGUAAAAAUGUGGAACCAAAGCAAUACACCCAACGCGCGUUUCGGCGUGCUCACACGCCAUCGUCAGGGGCACAGUGAAGUGCUGAGGUCACCUAGGGACAGCAUACAGCUCCUUAUUCUUAUAUACUGGUAGUGGUUUUAUCAGUACUUUAUUUUUGCAAAUAAACAUUGCGUCUCCUAAUACACAUUACAUACUAAAACUAGCGCAUCUACAAUUCUUUGUCCUAUCGAAGGGAAAUAUAGUAUCAUUAUCGAUUUCUAUGACAAACAGAAAAUGCAGCUUGCUAGAAUUGCUAGUUAUGAUGGCUGUGGUUUGCUUAAAGCUAAAGGAGAGGAUAAAAAUUAGACCAUCCCGUUUGCUACAGAGUGGUUGUGCAAAUAUUACGUUUCAUGACCACAGCAGUUUCCUCUGAACCUGAGCUUUAUUACUUUGCUAAACUGACUGCCAAUUUGAGUCCUCAAUCUAUGCACAGCUCAGGAAAUGGCAAAAUGUAACUGUUUAGUUGAAUAAAAGUUUACUCAUAUUAAGAAUUUGAAGUGUUUCCAUACUCGCUAAAAUAAUUCUCAUUUGGCUACCUUUUUUCAUUUGUGUCCUCUCAUUUUAAUAUUUUACAAUUUGAUUUAUUCUGGGACUAAAACUCAGAGAGGGUUGGAGGUUUCUAUAUGACACAAGGCUACUCAUCAAGUUAACUUCACGAUUCACAAUGCAGAUCUACAUUUCCUUGAGUGGUUUCGCACUAUACUUCAAAGUUGAUUCUCACAACAAAAGAACUGGCUUCAACCUUUUUCUUCGCUAAGCUAUUCAAAGUGCCUGUUAAAUCAGCACUGUAACUUGUUAGUGAUAAGGUAAACUGCUUGCAUGGUGUUGGUCAAAGAGGAAGUAGAGAGUUACUUAUCUUAAGUUCUAUUAAAGGGACACUCCAGACUCCUAUAGCUUUUUAGCUUGCUGAAAAGCUUUACAUGUGAAGUAUGUCUUUUUUUUUUUUUUUGCAAUUUGCAGAAAGUGCGGAUUUCAACAGAAAUUUCCACUUUUAUUAUUAUUAUUGCCAUUUAUAUAGCGCCAACAGAUUCCGUAGCGCUUUACAAUAAAUUUAGACUGGUUACACCCCCCUUGCUGUUCAAUCAGACAGAGGGUCCUUUUACUUCCUGGUUUGGUUAGCUUAGUUGCACUGAAUGCAAGAGGCAGCAAAUGCCCAGAGCACCUGCAUUGCAAAGGCUUCUCAUUGAGCUGCAUUGAGACGUCUGUGAUUGGACAGCCACAGAAAGUCUGGGUGGGGUUAGGAGGGGAGGGCUUGCAAUGGCAUUAGACAAGAGAUCUGCAGUUUUUGCAAGAUGUUUUUAGAUAUAACUACAAUGAAAAAAAAUGCAUAAUUAAAUGCAUGAAUGUUUUCAUUCUGGGUAUACCUACUAAACAGUGAUUUUUAAAAUGUAUUUUUGUAUAUUUUAAAUUGUUUGUGUGGUGGUUUAGUGCUUGCACUGUUCGGUGAAAUAGGGGAGGCAGCUCAACAAUCCAGUCGGAAGUCUCUCUGUUCCGGUAAACUACAAAAUACUCGUGUUGAAAGGAAGGAGUAGCACCUCACAACAUUCACAGGUAGUAUAUAAGAAAAUGAAAAAUUGAGAAAUAUAUAGCGUAGAAUUUCUGUAAUGUGAGCUAAAAAAAGGAAAAGUACUUACAAAUGAGUGGAGCUAUCAAGAGCCUACAAGUGGAACUUAUUUGUAAGUGCAUUUCCUGUUUUCCUGACUGCCUUCUUCCUAAAAUUGGUUUUGCCCUUGUGCCUCCAUACACGUAAGAGGAAUCUGUUCUAGAAAAAGUGCAGAGGCGGGCUACAAAAUUAAUAAAAGGAAUGGAACAUAUCAGCUAUGAAGAAAGGUUAACAAAUUUAAACCUAUUUAGUUUAGAAAAAGUCACCUGAGAGGGGAUAUCAUAACAUUAUACAAAUAUAUUUGGGACCAAUACAAACCAUUGUGUGGAAAUCUAUUCACAAACCGGACUUUACAUAGGACACAAGGUCAUGCGUUUAGACUGGAAGAAAGAAGAUUUCAUCUAAGGCAAAGAAAAGUUUUUUUUUACUGUAAGAACAAUAAGGAUGUGGAAUUCUCUGCCUGAAGAAGUGGUUUUAUCAGAGUCCAUACAGAUGUUCAAACAGCUACUAGAUGCAUACUUGCAAAAACAGAAUAUUCAAGGAUAUAAUCUUUCAAUGUAGGGUAAUAACUGCUUGAUCCAAGGAUAAAUCUAACUGCCAUUCUGGGGUCAAAAAGGAUUUUUUUUCCUAACUUGUUGCAAAGUUGUGCUUCAAACUGGGUUUUUUUGCCUUCUUUUGGAUCAACUGUAAAAACAAAUGUGAGGAAGGCUGAACUUGAUGGACGCAAGUCUCUUUUCAGCUAUGUAACUAUGUAACUCCAGCCCUCUCUAGAAGUGGGAUGCUGUAUCCUGCUAUAGAAUCCGGCUAAGUAACUUAAAGGACCACUAUAGUCACCCAGACCACUUCAGCUCAAUGAAGUGGUCUGGGUGCCAGGUCCCCCAGGUUUUAACCCUACAGCUGUAAACAUAGCAGUUUCAGAGAAACUGCUAUGUUUACAUUGAGGGUUAAUCCAGCUUCCCCGAUGCUCAAUGUGAAAAUCGCAUUGAGCACGCAGAACGUCCAUAGGAAAGCAUUGAGAAAUGCUUUCCUAUGGGCGUUUUUAAUCCGUGCACAGCUCUGUCCGUGCAUGCGCAUUUGGCUCCACUCGGGAGCUGAUGUCAGAGGGGGAGGAGAGGUGGCCAUGCUGGAUAAAGGUAAGGGGCUGGAGGGGGGCCCUGAGGGAGGGGGGGACCUAAGGAUUAUAUAGUGUCAGGAAAAUGAGUUUGUUUUCUUCACACUAUAGUGAUCCUAUAAGUCCAAUCCCAUUGAGCCUGAAGGAUUCUGUACUUCUGAUAGGACAGAUCUUAUUUGAUGUAUUUUUUGUUCUAAUGGUUUUAUUCCCUUGCAGGAUCCCACUGAAGAAGUUCAAGACCAUCAGACACACAAUAAGUGAACAUAUGUCUAUUGAAGAGCUCAGAAGCCGAGCAGCAGAACUUGUAAACUUAAAACAGAAUCCAACAUCCCCAGUGACGGAAUUUCCUGAGAAACUCACCAACUAUCUAGAUGUGAGUGAAACAUUGAUAUUCCAUGUACUUCUCAAUUAAUGCACCUACAUCCAAGAACUGUUUUAAUCCCCAAAGUGUGAGGGUGGAACAUGGUACGUUUAAUUUAUUAUUAGGAUAAAUUAAUGAUUAUUGCACAGUUAGGGCACAAAUAUGUAAGACUCCUGUGCUGGUAUAGUCCUCUAGUAAGCCUAGUCUGUGUUCGUUACCUUCACUUCGCACCCUCUAUGCUACAAUUCUAAAGUAGGGUAAAGGUUUAUUACUAUCUAGAAUAGAAUAUUUUUACAGAUAAUUUCAGAAUGUAUUUUGGCUCUAAGGUUGAGAGAGGGGAAUGGUCGUAUAAUUUAGAAAUCUAGAAUAAAAAUGUAACAAAGUUAGCAAAGUUUUGGAAUCUAGGUUAGAGCCUUGGUAAUGUUAAAUCAGUUGAGGGUUCUAAGAAUAGCCUUGGAGUUUAGAACAGACUGGCUGAAGGUAAAGUAGACUUAUAUGAUGUUUAGUACAAUAUAGUUUAUAGUAACAAUUACAUUUUAAGUAUACAUCAUGGACUGCUAUGACACGCAACACAAGAACCUUCCCAGCAUCAGUUCCUUUGUGUUUCUUUUAGGCUCAGUACUAUGGUGAGAUCUCCAUUGGUACACCACCCCAGAAGUUUUCAAUCCUUUUUGACACCGGUUCCUCCAAUCUCUGGGUCCCCUCUGUCCAAUGCUCCUUUUUCGACAUUGCUUGCUGUGAGUAUGAUUUCAAAACAAGCGUGCCAUAGACCAAACGUUGGUGUCAUAUUGAAUAAUGUAAUUCUUUCAUAACUAAACCACUUCAGAUCUGUUUGAAUGUUAUCUUUAUUAUUGAUUUAUCUCUAUAUCCAGAGCUUAAUCAGUGCCAUCAAUUGUGUUUAAAUAUGUCUCUGGGUGCUAAUUAAGCAUUCACUUGGUCAAGUAAUUCUCAAGUCAUAUCAGAACGCGUUAUUUGUCCUUUCAGACCAUGAAUGGGGAAUAGAUCAUCAAUCAGGGAAAUAGAGAACACUUCACAGUAUACCAGCUUCAAGCAGAGACCCAUUGCAUCUUUACUCCUCUGAUCUAUGAUGGCUUAGAUAUAUGGCUCAGAUGCAUUUCUGAACUUCAUUUAAAUUCCAUGCUAAUGUUGCGGUCUCUGCAAGAUUAAAAAAAAAAAAUAGGUUACUGAAAUAAACACAGGGAAUCAAGGCACUUCGAAUGUUUCAAUGCUCUGUUUUAAUUUCACUUUUCAAAAGCUACAUGAUAUAAAAUCUAGCCCAAAAAAUUUAAAUAUUGCCAUUUUUAAUGGGAAAAUAACAAUAGCCUUUACAACUCUCCCUUAAGCUCUAAGAAAAAAAAACCUUUCCAAAUAUUCAUGUCUGUCUUUAGUAAGAUAGUACUAAUUGUUGCUAAUAUUAAUUAACAAUAUUAUUGCAAUAUUAUAUUGUUGCUCUGUUUGAAUGUGGGAGAAGAGGGAGAUUGCUGACCUCCCCCACACCCCAGAAUAGAGUAUAAAGUGCAAUACUGUUUUAGUCAGGGGUAGUGAUGUCCCGAACGGUUCGCCGGCGAACAUAGCGUGUUCGCGUUCGCCACCGAUGGCGAACAUAUGCGAUGUUCGGUCCGCCCCCUAUUAAUUUACUAAUACUAAGUAAAAAUUACUUAGUAUUAGUAAAUUGUGCCCCUACUCGCAAUACCGCGAGUAGGGGCAUGUCUAUUAAACAGUGAGCAGCCUGUGGCUGCUCACUGUUUAAAAAAAAAGGGUCCCCCCCCGGUGGGGCCCUAAAUACUAAUAGGACCUGUUGUCCUCCCCCCGGCCCCCACCCCUGAGCGGUGGGUGGGGCCCUAAAAAUACCAAUAAGGUGGGGACCUAUUGUCACCCCCGGCCCCCACCCCUGAGCGGUGGGUGGGGGCCCUAAAAUGAACAAUGGGGGGGACUGUUGUCACCCCCGGCUACCCCUGGCCGGUGGGUGGGGCCCUAAAAUGAACAAUAAGGGGGGGACCUAUUGUCCCCCCCGGCCCCCACCCCUGAGCGGUGGGUGGGGGCCCUAAAAUGAACAAUAAGGGGGACCUAUUGUCCCCCCUGCCCCCACCCCUGCGCGACGGGUGGGGGCCAUAUUGAUAAUGGGGGGGACCUAAUGCCCCCCCCUGGUCCCCACCCCUGCGUGGCGGAUGGGGGCCAUAUUGAUAAUGAGGGGGGGACCUACUGCCCCCCGGCCCCCACCCCUGCGCGGAGGGUGGGGGCCAAAUUGAUAAUGAGGGGGGGUACCUACUGCCCCCCCCGGCCCCCACCCCUGCGCGGCGGGUGGGGGCCAUAUUGAUAAUGAGGGGGGGACCUACUGUCCACCCCCCCUCCGGCCCCCACCCCUGGGCGGCGGGUGGGGGCCAUAAAGAUAAUGAGGGGGACGACCUACUGUCCUCCCCCCCCGGCCCCCACCCCUGGGCUGCAGGUGGGGGCCCUAAGUAAAUUCCCCCCCAAGGUGACUAGGGGUCCCCAAGCCCCUAGUCACCCACCCCCCCUAAAUAAAAAGUCUCUACCUACCCCCCUCACCCUAAAAAAUAGUGAGGGGGGAAUAAAAUAACUCACCUGUAAAAUAAAAUUAAACUUACCAUUCGACGUCUUCUUUUUUCUCAAUCUUCAUUUUUCAGCCCCAAAAAAGGCCAAAUAAAAAACCAUCAUAACCGUCGAACUAAAAAAAAAAAAAAAUCCAAGAGCGCAAAAAAAAAAACUUCGGCAAAAGAAAAACCGAGCGCAAAAAAAUAAUCCAUCUUCACCCAUGGAGGGCUCCGCGCAGACUGAGCUCUGCAGGGCGGGGGAAGGCUUAUAAAGCCUUGCCACGCCCUGCAAUUAGGCUAAGAACACUCUGAUUGGUGGGUUUAAGCCAAUCAGAGUGCUCUUUGUCAUUUUACACAGCGUGGGAAAAUUCAAAAGAACUUCCCCACGCUGUGUAAAAUGACACAGAGCACUGUGAUUGGAUGGCUUUCACGCCAUGGCUUUUUUUGCGCUCGGGAUUUUUAUUUUUUUUAUUUUUUUAGUUCGACGGUUAUGAUGGUUUUUUAUUUGGCCUUUUUGGGGGCUGAAAAAUGAAGAUUUGAGAAAAAAAUAGACGUUGAAUGGUAAGUUUACUUUUAUUUUACAGGUGAGUUAUUUUAUUCCCCCCUCACUAUUUUUUUUUUUUUUAAUUCUUUAUUUUAUUGUGCAGGUUCAACAUAAUGUCCACAUAGCCACAACAGCUUAUGUAGUCAUACUUUGCAACAUAUGUUAGUACAGUAGCGGCAUAUAUAUAUACAUAGCACUUUUUAUGUAUUAAUUGUGUAGUUGCGGUGUCGUCUAUUGUUUCGGGCAUGUCCAAGACCUGGUGGGGUCUGUGGGUACGUCUACUUAGUGAUUGUCUUGGACAUGGGUUGUGCCCCCUCACUAUUUUUUAGGGUGAGGGGGGUAGGUAGGGACUUUUUAUUUAGGGGGGGUGGGUGACUAGGGGCAUUGGGACCCCUAGUCACCUUGGGGGGGGGGAUUUACUUAGGGCCCCCACCCGCAGCCCAGGGGUGGGGGCCGGGGGGGGAGGACAGUAGGUCCCCCCCCUCAUUAUCUUUGUGGCCCCCACCCGCAGCCCAGGGGUGGGGGCCGGGGGGGGAGGACAGUAGGUCCCCCCCAUUAUCUUUAUGGCCCCCACCCACUGCCCAGGGGUGGGGGCCAGGGGGGGGAGGACAGUAGGUCCCCCCCUCAUUAUCUUUGUGGCCCCCACCCGCCGCCCAGGGGUGGGGGCCGGGGGGGGAGGACAGUAGGUGUCCCCCCCACAUUAUCAAUAUGGCCCCCACCCGCCGUGCAGGGGUGGGGGCCGGAGGGGGCAGUAGGUCCCCCGCCUCAUUAUCAAUAUUGCCCCCACCCGCCGCGCAGGGGUGGGGGCCAAGGGGACAAUAGGUCCCCCCCUUAUUUUUCAUUUUAGGGCCCCCACCCACCGCUCAGGGGUGGGGGCCGGGUGGGACAUUAGGUCCCCCCCCUUAUUUUUCAUUUUAGGGCCCCCACCCACCACUCAGGGGUGGGGGCCGGGGGGGGACCAUAGGUCCCCCCCUUAUAGUUAUUAGGGCCCCCACCCACCGCUCAGGGAUGGGGGCCAGGGAGGGGACAGUAGGUCCCCCCUCAUUAUCUUUAUGGCCCCCACCCGCCGCCCAGGGGUGGGGGCCGGGGGGGGGAGGUGAGUAGGUCUCCUCCCCCCCCUUCAACCAGUAAGAGUCCCUGUGGGUUUUAAAAUUCGCCUGCCCAUUGAAGUCUAUGGCGGUUCGCCGGGUUCGUCAGGUUCGCGAACAUUUGCGGAAGUUCGCGUUCGCCAUUCGCGAACCGAAAAUUUCACGUUCGCGACAUCACUAGUCAGGAGUCUGAAUUAGAUUUAUUUGGACAAAGAGAGACACUUUAUUUUAAGUGUUUGAGAGGAGGUGUAACCAUAGGGGGGCUGAUCUGAUUUAUUUUAGGCUACUUAACAAUUUAUGUAACUAAAAUGUAAUUUAGAGCAAAACCAAUGUAUCUUAUUUACAAAGACUGAUUUAUAAACACAUUUAUUGUAGUUCAACCCUUUAAUGACAUUACGAUGUAUUAUUGCAUCCUAACUCUACUGGGCUUCAAUGACUUUAGGGCCUAAUGACCUGUCCUGCAGAUUUAAUUCUCUGCUCACACCAUGGAAUACCAGGUAGCAAUGGAUACCUAGGGCACCUCACUGUCAGCUGGGGCUAUUUUUAUUGGCCCCAGACUUUGUCAUGAGCCAUUUGCAGCCAUGGAAGAAAGCGCGGCAAGUAGCUCUUUAAGGACCAAACUUCUGGAAUAAAAGGGAAUCAUGACAUGUCACACAUGUUAUGUAUCCUUAAGGGGUUAAAUAGACAUUUAAAUGCUGUUAAAUAGAUUGUGGUGUGAGCAGGCUUAAAUUAAUUUAUUAGAUACCUAGGGCUCUAUUAGCUGGGGCCAUGUUUAUCUGUCCCAGACUUUUUGGUGAUCUGCAUGUAGUGCUGAAAGUCAGCACUACUUAUAGCCCUUUAAAUCUAUAGAUAGCACUGCAACCGAGCAAUCAACUCACUGGAUCUGUUGAUUGGGAGACUCCCAGGAUCUUAACAGACCAUGGAGGGUCUCCCUCCAUGCCACAAUGGCAUUUUGGUCAGUGCUGAACUUUGUCAGUUGCCAGCACCGAUGGGCAUACUAUAUUCAAUUGAAAAGAUAUAAAGCUGUCAUACUGAAAAUAGCCAGUAGAUGGCAGCAGCACAUCAAUAGCCUGUAGAUGGCAGCAGUUUUAACUUAGAUUUUCCUUUGCCAAUAUCAAAACUGAUUAUUAGCAGAUGGAAAUGUUUGAAAUUAGGAUUAAAUUAGGGAUUAAGAUUAGGGAUUAAGGUUACAUAUAAAGACAACGUCACUGUGAUCUCUGUUGCUGUGGUGGAGUUAUAAUAUACACUCAGACAAACCAACAAUAUGGAGCUCCUAGAAAAGAGGGCCAUUAGGAUAGAGGAACAGAUGGAUUUGGGUCAAAUAAUAGGGACUGUCCCUCCUAAAUAGGGACACUUUGGACAUAUACUCUGUUGCCAGAUUGCUAUAUUAAUGAGGGUCACUAAACACAUUUUCUGUGAUUUUGACAGCCAGCAUGGAUUGGGAGCACCAAUACAGCAAUUUAACCCCUUAAGGACACAACUUCUGGAAUAAAAGGGAAUCAUGACGGAAUAUUUCCGUCAUCUGUCCUUAAGGGGUUAAACACAUGAUUUUAUUUUACCCUUAUAGUCUGUCCAUUGAUUAAAUUUUGAGACAGAUUCUAAAACACGCCAGCAAAUGGCAAACACUCCAAAUCAUAAGGUUCAAAACCUGGUAGCUAAUUUUGAAUCCACCGCCGCUGAUUUACAUUGAAUUCCUUGCCAUCAAUAAUGUUAUUUUCAACCUGAGCUUCUGUGACUUUACAUAUUGCAAAGGACUUUAUUCACUAAAUGUAAAAUUGUAGUUUACUGAAAACCAGAAUUAAAAAUAUAGAAAAAAAAAAAAAUGAUUUUGAGACUAUUAUGAAGUUGAUUGUGUUUAUAAUUGAUAAACAAAGCAAGCCCUGACCAUAAAUGAAGUUGUAACUACAAAUAUUGGUUGGCAGCCUCCUCUAAAUCUGAACCAGAGUGUAUGAAUCUCUUUUGUUUCCACCAAGUGCUCCAGUUUUUAUAAAAUACAUAAAAAGUAGGGACUGCUUUUCCUCAUGUAUAGGAGCCAAGUUGACAAAACAUGACAAUGGGCGAAGCUUAAAGCAAGGUUUGGUUUCAAUUAUCAAUCUAAUUUACCCACAAUCCUCAGUGAAAUAAUUCCCACAGAAGACAAACAGCAGAUAUAAUGGUGAAAGGAAAACAUAUGUUGGAACCCCAAACUCACAAAUCCCAGUACAACAAAUUAAGAUAAUAUACAGUAUUACUGGUCCAUAGAAUGACCGGGUUUAAUGUAAUAGAAUAGUCAGUGAUACCCAAGUUCAAGGGCCGGAGAUAUUUAUUAGAGAAAAUGGAUAACAAGCUCAGAAUAAACAAGAAAAUGACCCGAGGUAACCAGGAAAUAGUAAAUAUAAAAGCGCUAUUGGACUAACAAGAAUCACAACAGGGGCAACAAGGGGCAUUCAGAGGGGGUUUAAAUAGGAAGGACUACUGUUUCAUUGGCUUGUGUCAUACUCGACAAAACACGCAAGAAUGGCAGAAUGCCAGUUUGACGUCACUAGUGACCUCAUUGAAACUUGAAAGUGGCAAACUCACUUCCAUAUUCAUGUCAGAAGGCUGCUACACAGAAAGCAAAUAAGGAGACCUGUUCUGACAGCACUCGGUGUCAGAGUUUCUGACCUGACGGCAAUGAAAAGGAGGAAUAAGGAAAUUUACACAAAAGAAAAAUUAAAAAUACAUGAGAAGGCCAUUUUAAUACCAUGAUGGUCCUAGUAAAUGUCUGCUAACAUUCUAUUGUUACUUUGGAAAAAGGUUACAGUUAUUUAUAUUUAAUGUAUCACACAAUUGCUUUGUCUUUUCUGACAAUACAGUUCUCUAUGAUCUUUUACUUUAAAUUGAUCCUCCUUCAUUCUUUUCUUAUAACCCAGGGUUUCACAACAAAUAUAGAUCCAAGGAUUCCAGCACCUACCGAGAAAAUCACACAGAUUUUGCUAUUCACUAUGGAACGGGCAGCCUCACAGGAUUCCUGAGUCAAGACACUGUUAUGGUAAGUCUUUAUGUGCAUAACGAGUCCCAUAUCAGACAACCGACAUAAUAACAUUUGAAAUAUUGUAUUUGAUGUGAUCAACCAUUAUAUUAGCAAUUAUAAACAAAUGAAAAAAAGAUUCAAUUUCUCAGUUGAUGUAUAAUAAAAAAUGUCACUUGUGGAAGAGAUUGUUCCCUAAAAUGUCAUGGUAACAUGGUAGGAUACUAAUGCUGGAAUAUAUUUGGUCUGCCUUGCGUAUUCGCAGUCCCUCCCUGUUCCCUCUCCUCUUUGUAAUCGUUGGCUCUGAUGAUGGAGGUUCAAUGGCCAUUCUGGGCCUGGCCUGACCUAUAAUGAAGGAUUGGUGACACCGUGGUUCUACACCAGUCCUGUCAUAGCAGUUUACUAUGUAGUCUCCUUUACAUUCCAGUCGUUAUCAGAGUAUUGUUUUGUGUAUACACCUUUAUAACAAAAAAUGGAAGUAUGCAUAGGUCAAUAAAACCUUUAUCAGCCUCUGAAAAUAAACACAAUGUGCCACAAUUUAGGAGGAGGGAUCAAAAAUAUAAAGUAAUACAGAAUUAAACCAUGUGUGUAUAUCAUGCAAUCUAUAUGUAAAUCUAUACAUUGAGUAUUGAUUGUAGAUCCUAGUAUUGAAAGCCAUUAACUAUUUAUGUAAUCUUGGGAUAGAGAGAGAAAAAGUCAAACGAGCCACACACUACUUGCAGUUCACCAACCAGUCUAAAAAUAAUCUCCUGAAAAAUUAAUUUUUUAGUUAACCUUCAAUAGCAUUUACUAGUAUAAACAACAACAUGCCAUGACGAAUAACAUUGUUUAAUUUAUUUAUAAGAGCCAAUGGAUAUCACCAUUUUAUGACUCCUUUCUAAACAAUGUUCUUCUUUACAGAUUGGUGGUCUUAAAAUCCAGAAUCAAACUUUUGCUGAGGCCAUCAAGCAACCUGGUAUUGUGUUUGUUGCUGCUCGGUUUGAUGGUAUCCUGGGGAUGGGUUACCCAAAUAUUUCGGUUGAUAGAGUGCUCCCAGUUUUUGACAACAUGAUGAGCCAGAAGCUGGUGGAAAAGAAUGUGUUUUCAUUUUACCUGAACAGGUCAGAGACAAGUGCAUUUUAUUAUAUUAUAUAGCUCUGUCAUAUUCUGCAACUCCAUACAAUUUGAACAUAAAAUAAAAACAAAGUCAUUUAUGAGAGUACACCAUGGGGGCCAAUGGAAGAUCCCUCAUGACUGCAAGAUCUUACACUAUGACACACUGAUUGCAUAUUAAUGAACAAGAUCCUUUUCCACCCCAUCAGUCGUCAAGAUGUGGAGAUGGAGGCUCUGCCCAGUGCCACCAAUAGCCAGUAUUUAGUCAUUAGACUCAUUUCAAUGAGAGGCUAAUAUCGUCUUUGAGUUUUUAAUAAAAAUUCUCUUUUUGUCAGUUUAGUGACAGUGCAGUUUAAUAUAUUUGUCUCUGAAUUUAAUUUGCACAUUUUAAAUUAAAACUUCAUUGCUCAAGGCUGGAGCUGACCUCAGUUCAUAAUGGAUAAAAUACACACACACAAAAAUUAAAAAUAAUAUAAACAAUGAUAAUAUCAGACAUAAACAUGUCAAUUUCCCUUUUUUUCUACAAAGAGUAGGAAGUGAACAAGAGGAGGUAUGCAGUCGUAGUGCUGUGCGUUUUUUGCAUAUACCACGACCCAGUUUAUUUUACCUUAAAAUGCUUGAUUCAUGACUGUAGUACAAGCCAUAAGAGAAUGUCACACACAUAUAGAGCAAGUCAUCAUAGAUAACAGACAGCUAGGGGAAAGUACUGCUUCAUAUUAUGAAUUCACUGAAUGUGGUGGUGUUGAGAGUUGUGUUCUAUAUUACAAGAAUAUAAGAAGAUGAUCAAAUGUGCUCAAAGCAGAUUAUAGGCAACUGGCAUAGAUUGUGACUGUACUUGGAGUUAUAUUAUACAGACAAUAAAAGGAGACCGAAAGGAAGGUGUUAUCUAAGUCUCCAUGUACUCAUUAGAGCCUUGCCAGUCAUGCAUGGGUUACUGUGGUUUUCUGCCUUGUGAACAUAUAACUGGUGUGAAUUAAAAGGACACUCCAGACCCCUAAAGCAGUUAAAGGAACACUUUAAUUUUAGGAAUACAUAUUUGUAUUUCUAACACUAUAGUGUCCCUAUGCCCCUGUUAAAAAAAAAAAAAAAAACCUCUUUCACUUACCUUCUCCUCUGCUAACGGCAGCCAAUAGAGGGAAUCUCUUGUGCAUGUGCGGUGAGCACCACGCACGCAUUAGGUCUUCCCCAUAGGAAAUCAUUGCCUCAUUGAGCUGCAAUUGGAAGUCAGUGAUUGGACAGCUAUAAAAACUCUGGGCGGGUUUAGAAGGGGAGGGCUUGCAAAGGCAGCAGACAUUGACAAGAUGUCUUGCAAGCUGUUUUUAGAUAUAAGAUAGGAUAUAAUUAAAUGCAUGCAUGUUCAUGGAUAUAUCAACAAAACCUGUGAUUUAAAUUUUUUAUUUUUAUUUUGGCAGUGUAGUGUCCCUUUAACAUCCACCCCUACAUGGUUAACUUAUUAGAUUCCAUUGUUUUUAAUCAAGGGACCCGGAAGCAGCAGUUGGAGGGGAGCUACUGUUGGGAGGUACCGAUCCAAAAUACUACACAGGAGACUUCCAUUACCUGAAUGUUACCCGCAUGGCUUAUUGGCAAAUCAAAGCAGACGAGUAAGUAACAAAUAUUGUUUGUUCCAGUAUGGCUUUACAUGUACAAAAAUACAAACAGCAACAAAAAGUGUGGUGUAUUCAGAUUUGUGCAUUUAAUGUAUGAAAAACCACCAGUGUUAAAAAUAUUAAUCAAAUAGCUUAUAUUCAAUACAAUUAAGGACCUUAACAACUCAUGUAUAGGCAUCACAAUGAUCCAAAUGUAAAGUAGUAUCUUCCAAACUUUAAUCACUUUAAAAACAUACAAAAAUAUAACAGAGUAAAAUCACACAAACCAAAGAAAUAAAAAGGAUAAUAUAGUUACAUAGUUACAUAGUUACAUAGCUGAAAAGAGACUUGCGUCCAUCAAGUUCAGCCUUCCUCGCAUGUGUUUUUUUGCUGUUGAUACAAAAAAAAGGCAAAAAACCCAAUUGGAAGCACUUCCAAUUUUUCAACAAACUAGGAAACAAAUUCCUUCUUGACCCCAGAAUGGCAGUCAGAUUUAUCUUUGGAUCAAGCAGUUAUUACCCUACAUUGAAAAAUUAUGUCCUUGAAUAAUCUGUUUUUGCAAGUAUGCAUCUAGAAGCUGUUAUGGACUCGGAGAAAAUCACUUCUUCAGGCAGAGAAUUCCACAUCCUUAUUGUUCUUACAGUAAAAAAAACCUUUUCUUUGCCUUAGACGAAAUUUCUUCCAGACUAAACACAUGACGUCAUGUCCUAUGUAAAGUCCGGUUUGUGAAUAGAUUUCCAUACAACGGUUUGUAUUGGCCAUGAAUAUAUUUGUAUAAUGUUAUCAUUAGUGAUGUCCGAACGGUUCGCCGCGGACUCAUCAUUGAGUAAACUUUGACCCUGUACCUCACAGUCAGCAGACACAUUCCAGCCAAUCAGCAGCAGACCCUCCCUCCCAGACCCUCCAACCUCCUGGACAGCUCACUAAGAAUGUAAAAUGGAUGCUGUCCAGGAGGUGGGAGGGUCUGGGAGGGAGGGUCUGCUGCUGAUUGGCUGGAAUGUGUCUGCUGACUGUGAGGUACAGGGUCAAAGUUUACUCAAUGAUGAGUCCGUGGCGAACCGUUCGCGAACCGUUCGGGACAUCACUGGUUAUCAUAUCCCCUCUGAGGCAACGUUUUUCUAAACUAAAGAGGUUUAAAUAUGUUAACCUUUCUUCAUAGCUGAUAUGUUCCAUUCCUUUUAUUAAUUUUGUAGCCUGCCUCUGCACUUUUUCUAGUGCCAUAAUAUCCUUCUUUAGAACAGGUUCUCCAAACUGCACAGCAUAUUCAAUAAGUGGUCUUACCAGUGAUUUAUAAAGAGGCAAAAUUAUAUUCUCCUCCCGAGAAUGAAUGCCCUUUUUCAUCCAUGACAUAUAUGGCACUCACAAACACUGAGCCACUAACAGUGGCCAGAAGAACACGUGGAUAGGUCUGAAAGACCUCCAAUAUUCAGCUGAGAAUUGUUCCAGUGACAUGUCCAGUGUCUUCUCUUCUUAUCUGCUUAGAUUCCACGUUCCUUGCCAUAGGGGGAAUCUUCUUUCCUGGUGACUGAUCAAUGUUCAGGCUGGGGUGUAUCAGGUCACAUCAUUUGUGUUUGCGAGAUUGACAGACUUCCUUGAGUCCAACUCUCUGCUAGACCCGCUUUAGUCUGGUUUCCGCGCUAAGCACUCUGUGGAAACGGCACUGACCAAAGUAUCCAAUGAUGUACUCGCUGCAAAAUCUCGUGGUCACUACUCUAUCCUAAUUCUCCUUGACCUGUCUGCGGCCUUUGACACUGUUGAUCAUCAACAGCUUCUUCUCAUCCUCCGCAAUAUUGGUCUACAAGAUAUUGCUCUCUCCUGGUGCUCCUCCUACCUCUCCCAGCGCUCUUUCAGUGCUUCUUUCUCUGGCUCUGCUUCUUGUCCCCAACUCCUCUCUGUUGGUGUCCCCCAAGGUUCAGUCCUUGGUCCCCUACAGUUCUCCAUCUAUACUGCCUCCCUUGGUAAACUCAUUAGCUCCUUUGGCUUCCAAUAUCAUUUCUAUGCAGAUGACACGCAAAUCUACCUGUCCUCUCCUGAUCUCUCCCCGUCCCUCUUGAUUAGUAUCUCUGACAGCCUCUCUGCUGUUUCUAACUGGAUGGCUGCCCACUUUCUUAAACUAAACUUGACCAAAACUGAAAUUCUGAUCUUUCCUCCCUCAAAUGUUGUUACUCCUGUGUCUAUCUCCCUCCAAGUCAACGGUGCUACCAUCAGCUCCACCACGCAGGCUCGCUGCCUAGGUGUUCUCUUUGACUCCGACCUCUCCUUCAAGCCUCAUGUUCAAUCUAUCGCCAAAUCCUGUAAUUUCCAUCUCAAAAACAUUGCGCACAUCCGCCCCUACUUAACGCCAGAUGUGACUAAGGUGUUGGUCCAUUCCACUGUCCUUUCUCGCCUUGACUACUGUAAUCCGCUUCUCAGUGGUCUUAUGUGCUCCUAACUUGCGCCGUUACAGUCCAUAAUGAAUGCGGCGACGAGGCUCAUCUUCCUGUCCGCCCGCACCUCCCAUGCCUCACCCUUCUGUCAGUCCCUACAUUGGCUUCCUAUAAAAUAUAGAGCUCAAUUUAAAAUUCUGGUUCUUAAUUUCAAAUCUCUACAUAAUGCUGCUUCCACCUAUCUAUGCUCCCUUAUACAAAAGUAUGUCCCGUCUAGGCCCUCACGAUCUGCUGAAGACUUACGUCUAUCUUCUGUCCGUACUCCCACCUCUGAUGCUCGCCUUCAAGAUUUCUCGAGGGCUGCACCGUUCCUGUGGAACUCGCUUCCCUCCUCCGUUAGAUGCUCACCCAGUCUCCACUCCUUCAAAAAAUCAUUAAAAACCCACAUCUUCAUAAAAGCGUAUCAAUUAAACUGUUAAUAGCUCCUGACUGAUUCCUCUUCUGCAACUGUCACUAGUCUAAUACUAUCCUUACCUUUUUGUGUCAUUUUAUCCCACUCCCUGUAGCAUGUAACUCAUUGAGCAGGGCCCUCAACCCCUCUGUUCCUGUAUGUCCAACUUGUCUGGUUACAACUACAUGUCUGUUCGUCCACCCAUUGUAAAGCGCUGCGGAAUUUGACGGCGCUCUAUAAAUAUCAUAAUAAUAAUAAUAAUAAUCAAUGCUCCAAAUCCGACCAGUUUCAUCCUUUAAGACUUUAUCAAGGAACAGCUUGUUUGUGAUGGUAAAAAGUCCAGUCUUUUAACCCCUUAAGGACCAAACUUCUGGAAUAAAAGGGAAUCAUGACAUGUCACACAUGUCAUGUGUCCUUAAGGGGUUAAACCCAUCCUAUCAUAGUUCAAUUGGCUAUACCACGUUUCCUAUUAAAACUUCCAUAUAUGGUUAUAAGAAAAGCUCAACUGGAAUGGGUGUAAAUUAUAUGAUAUAAAGGGUACUGGGUGCUCUUAAGGAAAAAAAUCUGUUCACCCACCGGAUAUAUAAACACACAGAAAAUAGAGAAUAGAUCCAAGGCACACCAAAAUUUGCACAUACAAAUGUUUUUAUUAAUGCAAUAUAGUUUAACAGAAUGAAAAGUACAUAAAGCUGUGCAAAAUAUGAUAGAGCAAUUGUUCCAGAACCACUUAAGAAUAACAGUAAAGUGCUAAAAGUUAUUGCAUACACCCAUAGAAUAUGAUUUACUAACCAAGAGCAAGAGAAAUGACAGCCCCGACGUUUCGGCCCUUAAGCCUUCCUCAGGGCGACCUCUCCCCCUGAGAAAGGUUUAAGGGCCGAAACAUUGGGGCUGUCAUUUCUCUAUUUCCUAUUAAAACUUCAACUCUAACUUCCAGUCAUUGUUCAUGUGCCUUCUUGAACGUCAAAUUAUUACGUUUUACUUGGUCAGUGCAGCAGUAGUGCCCCUAGUGGCUGUCAGGGUUCCAGCCAUUAGACAUGUGUUUAACCCUUCAAGUUAAACAUUAUCAGUUCUGCAAAAUGGCAAUUUGUGAAGGGUUGAGAUGACAAGACCACUUCACCCAGGCUACUUCAUUGAGAUGAAGUGGCCUUGGUGACUUUAGUGAUCCUUUCACGCUCAACUUCCUGCUAAACCGCUGUGUAACAUAUAAUAAAACUCCCCUGGAACCGGAGACUCUCAUUUUGGUUCCACAGAUAUUGAUACAACAGGGUCUCAUUAUAUUCUUGUUUUGCUCCAUAAAACACAAAUCAUUAAAUUGACCACACAUUUAAAAAAAUAAAAAGCCUGUUUGAAUGUCCAACACAAGAAUUGUAUAGCAUUCAUUCACGAAGUAACAGAUGUAGUGAAUAGAAAGUCAAAUUGCAAGAUUUAGGCCAAAAUAGAAAGUUUGAAUACCAAAAUUCAAGCCAUGCGGUGACUAUAAAAGAAUUGGCAAAUUGUUCCAGUUUUCAAUUUACCACUAUUGCUUGCUUAGUGAAUAUACCCACGUGUGUUUUAAUUAUCUUCAUUCUGAGAUAUAUACCAUUAUUUAACAUCUGGAGUAAAUUUAAACCUCAUUCACAAAUAGGGAUGUGCAUGGGCCAAAAAUUUGGUUCGGUUCGGAAAUUUGGGUAAGUAAAAAAUUUUGUCUGCUUCGGCAAUUCGGACCAAUGGCGUUCGGUUCGGCACUUCAGAACUACCGAACUUCAGCAAUUCGGAAAUUCGGAACCAUCUAAAUGUCCUAAUUGCAUGAAACAAAUUGCACAUGUCUAGUAAGUGGUUGUGGUGGCAAUCCUGGGCAACCCUUACCCUGAGCCCUAACCCUAAACCCUAACCCUCUCUCUUGUUUUGCCACUUUUCAGAAAUCCAAAGCACUUUAGAAAUUCGGCAAUUUGGAACUUCGCAAUUCAGUUUGGUUCGGCACUUCCGAACGACUGAACUUCGGAAAUUUGGACAUUCGUAAGCACCCGAAAGUCCAAAUUGCAUGAAAUUUGUCUGAAUGUACAUUUGUAACGAAACAAAUUGCACAUGUCUAUACACAAAGCAGCUAUUCAAAGAAGGUCUCCGGCUUGUACAAUAUAUGCAGGUGAAGGAAUUUUUUUUCCCUGGAGAAUCCAAUUUGCCCUCAGAGAGUAGCGCAUUAUGGCCUGCUUAAAAAAAAAUACAUCCUUUUUCACUGUGGAUGAGUGCUUGAGAGACUAUAACAAAUUGAUUUUGGCAUCUACAGACCUCAUUGAAAAGGUUUAAUUCCUGUUUUAUAAUAGCCUGAAUUUCAGUUUCUCCAAAAGAAUUUUUAUUUAAAAAAACAACAACUUUUUUUGUCAAUAUUCUCUUUUUUUUCUAAUUUUUUACUUCUGCUUCAUUAGCCAUUUCUUCUGUCUCUACUUCACAAACUGCAGUGUAUCCAUUUUUUGUUUGAAAACUUUUGCUGUAUUGUAAAAGCAUUACACAUAUUAACUAGUGUUUCAUUCCCCUAUGAUCAAUCUCAGGUGACUGUGUUACACCGCAUGAUGGAUUCCAUGUGUGUGGCUCCUGCAAUACAAUGUUGUUCAACAUAGCUUCCAAGUGCAUUUCGUUCAUGCAAUCUGAGCUUUAUCAUGCUAUUGAUAAAGCUCAAAAUGUACUAACGAAACAUGUUUGGAAGCUCUAAUGAGCAACAUUGUAUCGUUAGGAGACAUGCAAAGGCAAGGGACAGGGAAUAUAGCAGCUGUUUAUCUGUUGGCUUUUUUUUUGUAAACACAGCAAAUAAUUACUUUUUUUGUAGCGUAUAUUUACACAAUUAAACAUUCAUGCACACAUACUCGUCAUAUGUGUAUAAACAUGCAUGUCUACACAAAUACACUCACAAAUGCAUAUACUUAUAUUUAUGCUCGUACAUUCAAGGUAUCCCAGUGGGUCCUAGUGAUGGUUAUUUAAAUAAUCUAGCUUAAAAAAGCCUCAAGUCCAUCAAAUUCAGCCUUUCACACCGAAUUCAUUUCAAAAUACAUUUGUAUUGCUGCUCUCUACUGAAAAGAGGGAGAAACCCCCAUUGAUUUUAAAUUGUGAUGAAAAUAAGGGACACAUGUUCCUUCUUAACUUCAGUACAAUAUUUCCUGGAAUCCAUAAACUGUUACUUCACAUAUUAACAGUUAUAUUUUCAAUAGUCUCAUUUAAAAAGUAAUAAUAAAGAUUUAUUAUACCUUUAUAUACUAAAUAUCUUAUAUUGUUUUUCCAGUAUUCCAUUCUUCAGUCUUAUAUUGUUCCCCUAUUACAAUUUAUAUGCCAGUUAUGAACUUACUGUAUCUCCUCUCUGCUGAAAUAUAAAGUGCUAAGUAUACCAUGCUAAGUAUACCUUUUAAUACCAUGUAACAAAAAAUAUACGUACGUACAUACAUUGAGUCUCCAAGGUUCCAAGUAUUGGUCUUUCAAUUGACCUAGCCACCAUCUGACUGAUAUAUAGGUUGCUCAGUAAAUCUCCAUCUUCAAACCACUUGAUGCUACACAAUGGAUCCUAAAUCCUUUCCCUUUUCAUAGUUUAUCAAAAAAUAAACAAUUAAGCAUCAUAAAUUAUAUUUGGCAUUUUUCUCUCCCCAGGAUCAAAGUGGGCAGCCAGCUCACACUCUGUAAGGGAGGCUGCCAGGCGAUCGUGGACACUGGAACCUCUUUAAUUACUGGGCCUUCAGAAGAGAUCGGAGCCCUUCACAGAGCAAUUGGAGCUUUGCCACUCUUCAAUGGAGAGGUUGGUAUAAUUACAUUUUCGAAAAUGUGCAUUUAGCUCAAUGACCAUUUAGCCUGUUAAUGAACAUUGAAAUGUCAGUGGUAUGGAAUCUUCCCUUCCUAUUCCCCUUGAUUACUAAACUAAAUUAUAGAAUUGUGAUCCAGAGAAGGCUGACAAGAUUCCAAAAACCAAAUGGGACAAAAUCAUCUGACUGCAUAUGGGGCCAUUAGGACUGCAAAAUAUGGACAGUGUUCAUGGAGUUCAACAAUGUCCAGAUUUUGUAAAUCAGGCCCCAAACUGGCCUGAAUAUAGUCUGGCUAUCAGCCAAACAUGGCAUGGCUGAAAUAUGGACCAAAUUAAUUAAUUAAUUCCAGACUUGUAGACUUUAACUCCGGACUUAAAAAAAAUCCAAACUAUUUGCCCGCUGGCAGCGCUAUCAGAGACACAGGUUAAUUUUGUGGUGACAGACCAGCGCUUGGAGCCUGUUAAAUAACAGGGGAAGACAUAUCCCCCCCAUGCACAUACCAGUGGGCCUUGGGUGGGGACUACUUUAAAUUUUAAGGGGAGGGACCUAUUGUCCCCUCUCCUGGCCUCCACCCAUGCCGGCAGGUGUGGGCACUAAUAUUUAUAAUACAUGGGGAAGGACCUAUUUUCUCCUCCCUCUAAUUAAUAAAAAAUAGGGGGGUUGUUGGACAUGCCAAUGUCCAACCCUUCUAAAUAAUAGUAAGCCCCCCUCAAGUGGCUAAGGGUCUCCAGUCCCCUAGCUACCCCCUAAAAUAAAGUCCCUUUCUACCGUUUAUCACCCUAUUAAUAUCGAGGGGGCCAAAAAAUAAAAACAGGCCACAACUAAAAAUAUUCCACCCAUGGAUGGGUUCACCCAUGGAUGGCUUACCACAGAAUGAAUUCUUAUAGCAUGGAAAGCCCUUAUAUAGGGCUAUGACGGCUAAUGCAAAGUGUGGGAAAAUAUAACCAAGACAUCUCUUGAUUGGAUGGCUAGUAAACCAAUUUCAACCUAUAUAAGGGCUUUCCCUGCCAUGAUCACUUAUCCUGCCUUUGGCCUUUUUCCGGGGCUUAAGAACAGAAGAAUUUAAAGAAAGAAGUCUUCGAAUGGCAAGUAUAGUUAUUCUUAUUAUAUAUAUAUAUUUUUUACAGGUUUUAGAUUGAGUGGCCAUAUCCUAACGAUUGGGUACCCAUAACCGGGGGAAAGGUCUCUAAUAUUUCGGAGAGGCAUGUUCACUCCUCCUAUUUUAUAAUUAAUUAGCUCCACCAUCUGCCAGGGUGGGGGCUGCAGGAGGGGUCAAUAGGCUCCCCCCUUUAUAUUACUUCCCCCCAUCGCCCAUGUGUGGAGGCCAAGUGACAAGACAAGAAGUCCACCCUUUAUUAAAAAUAUUAGGACCCCUACUAUCGCCUAUGUUUGGGGGUGAACACUAGGUGAUCCCCCAUUAAUAUUUCAGGUAUCCCCUACUCGAUGCUCACAGGUGGGUGCACAGCGGGAGACUAUGUCGCUCUCCCGUUAUUUUAUUUUAUAGAGAUUAUAUUAAUAUGGUGGUUUCAUUGACCCUCAUAAGAUUUCAAUUUGUUUAUUUUUUUAAAUUUAUUUAACUUUUUUAAUGUGGCAGCUGACUAGCAAAGCAAGUGCUGGCCAGCCACCACAUACUUAACACUUGCGCUUUUGCAGACAAGUAGUUCUUCAAAUUAUUAUUUCAUGAUAAUUUGCAAGCGUGUAUCCUUUCAAGAUGCAUUCAGGUUUAUCAUCAGCUGCCAUGCAAUCGUUGAUAAAUCUCUGAUUCUGGUGCUCUAUAUUAGUUUGGUUGCAAAAAUCAACAAUUUCCUGAAUGCAUGUUACGCAAUCAGUUGGACUGACCGAAUACUGACUGCAUUUGGCUCUAUUAAAUCUGAGAAUUUUCAAUGUGGUCAGAAUGCUGUCAUUGUCACUGGAUUUUGUCCAUAUGGAAUAAUCCUGACCAUAUUUAAAUAAGAGGUGAGUAGCCAAAUCUUAAAUACAUGCGUGGGGGUAAACAUUAAUAGAAUCUCACCUUCCGAAGAUAUUUUUAAAUCAUAAUACAGGGGGGUCAUCACAUUCCUGGAAUUCACACCAUUGAAUAAAACCCUGAAAAUCAUAUUUAGCAAUUGGGUUCCAGAAUCCAGUUUCGUACUGGCACAGACAGGGCUGGAAAAAAAUAGGAACAUUUUUUUCUUGUUUCUCCUCCUCAGCAUACUUUGUUUAAGGACAGAAAAGGACAAUGAUUGACACGAUGCAGCCACUCAGGUCAGGACAGACUAAAUAUAGUGGUUUGAAUUUCUACAAUUCAAUUUAUUUCUAAGACCUCUCAAACACAUAUUUGUUGAAAAUAUUUCAAUUCCUGGGAUGUGACAGGUCCCCUUUAAUAAACAAAAUUGGAGAAAUUCAAUUGAAUAGCUAAUUGUGCAUUAUACAUAAUAUAGACAAAAACAGCACUUCUCAUUUUGCUAGCCACAAAACUGACCACUUUUUAACUGUUAUGGAUGCAUGGUUCUGAUAACAACAGAAUUGUAUUUUUUUCUAACAAUAUAAAUAGCAAUCACCCAAGAGGGAUGCAUUCAAGUUUUAAUCUGUUGGCACUAUAACAAUGGUAAUAAUAUAUAAAUAUAUGGCAAUAAUAAUAAAUAAUGUAUUCAACUCUGCUUAAUUGCAUUUUGCCUGUAUUAUAAAAUGUGUUGUUAAUUUUCACCAACACUAUAUAUUCUUAAAAUGUAAUUAAGUUAGAUGAAAAUGGCUGUGUAUAUAUAUAUAUAUAUAUAAAAAAUACCAAUAGCUCCCGCACUCACGCUCCAAUUACCCUUGUUGCCCGGGUGCCAGCAAGUAAUAGCCGUCCAUACAAAAAUCCAACGAAUUGCUGCACUCACGGUGAAUAAAAAUCCAAGUUUAUUGAAAAUAGAUUAAAACAUCUAAGACCAACGUUUCAGUCCUAUCAGGACUUUCCUCAGGAUCAAAGAGAUGAAAAACAGUAUAUACAACAUACAAGACUUUUAUACAUAAAACUAUUAAGUGUAUUAGCUUACCCCAGGUGAAACCGCCAUUCAAUCGGCGUCCUGACUCGCUCUGUGCGCAUGUGCGAGUUGGCUCCGCCCCCUGCCGCGACGUCAUAGCGUCAUCGCGUGAUCGCGGCUAAAUUGUUGCCUUGGCGACGUUGUCAAACAUAGCAUCACCAUGGACAACCAAACGCCGGCAACCUGACCGGAACGGUAGUUGCCCUGGUGAUGCCAGAAAACAAAAGAUCGCCACAGUUAAUGUCUUCAAAGGGGGGUGGAGCCAAAUACCAAAAAUACUAAACCAAAAAACAUGUGAAUAAAAAUAAUAAUAAUAAUAAUAAAUAUCAUGUAUACAAAUAUGAACGAGCUUUAUAUUAUAUCUGCUCAGUUCAUUGUAAAAUGCCAACAUUAUCAGUGUAAAUAAAGUGCAUAAAAACAUCCAUAUGUUCAUCUUAUUGGGGAAUCAGUGCAUAUAACUGAGUGUAAUGUUCAUAAAGAUAAAGUGUGAUAUAAAUCUCAUUUGCAUAACAAUCCAUAUUUGGAUAAUUUAAAGUGACAUGCAAUACAAUCCAUAUUUAGAUAUUUUAAAGUGACAGUGCAUAAGUAUGUAAAGUGCAAACUAUCAAUAGUAAAAAAGUGCAGUAAGUGCUGGUGAAAAAAUAUUAUAUGGUGUAUUGUGUAAAAAUAGAUCUAUUCUCUUUCAAAACCCCACAUAUAAAAGAAAAAAAUAUAUACCUGAUAACAUUGAUACUAAUAUACUAACAUAAUAACAAUACAUGUACACUUAUAAAAAAAUCCAAACACUGAAGAGAUGCGAUCAAGGUUACCUAAAACAUCAUAUAUUGAGGGUUGAUACUACAACUCCUCCUGUUAAUCAUAUAUAAUGAUUAAACAUCUUUCUAUAUAAUGGGCUAUGUUCAUUUAGCCUUACUGAUUAAAGUGCCCAAAAAAUGUUUUGUACUUAAUGGCAUAUCUCAGCGUUCAUAUCUUAAAAUCAAAAUGCCAAUAGCUGGGGUAAUAACUCGGUUAUGGCUAUGCAUAUAAAUAUAUUACAUAACUCAAGUCAUUAUGACAAACCUCACUUGUCGUUAAACCUAUUAUAAGAAUGAAUGAAACGAGAUAUAUUCAUUCAAACCCUUUGGGUAAACUGUGUCCAAUUCAAAAAUCCAAAAUGUCUCUCUGUUUAAUAGCAAUUUGCCCCUGUCUCCGGCCCGUCUUGAUGCUGGAAUAUGGUCGAUUGCUAUGAAUUUCAGUGUGGUUAAUGGAUGAUUAAAAUCAAAGAAAUGUUUCGCCACUGGUUUGUCCGAUCCACCAUCCCUGUAGGCCAAUCUAAUGCUGGAUCUAUGACCCCUUAUUCUUUCACAAAGCGCUGUUUCAGUUUUACCAAUAUACACCAACCCACAUGGACAUGUGAGUUUGUAAACAACAUGAGUAGUUUUACACGUAAUGGUACUCCGAAUUGUAUAUUUCUUGUUGGUGUGUGGGUGUUGGAAAGACUUAGAUGGGGUCAUAUGUCCACAUGUUACACACCCGAGGCAGCGCACACUGCCCCGGCAUUGUAUUGUAACAUUAUCGGCAUAACUUAGGAUAGGGUCAGUAUGGACCAACAUGUCCUUUAGAUUUUUAUUCCUCUUGAAGCAAACUAAAGGUUGUUCCGAAAAGACUUUAGGGAGGGUGUCGUCCGCUGCCAGUAUUCUCCAAUUUUUUCUGAUGGCGGAGGAAAUUUGACCCGUUGAUUGGUGGAACGUAGUGGGGAAAACCAUUCUUUGUGGUGUCGCUGUCACCCUAGGUUCCCGAGGGGCCCUAGCCUCUCUUAAUGCUUUAUCAAGGGUGGAGCGGUGGUACCCCCGUUCCAAAAAUUUAUUAGUCAUAUCAAUCAGUUGCUUCUCUUUGAUGUUCUCAUCAGAGUUGUUUCUCAUCACCCGCAGAUAUUGGGCCUUUGGGAGAGAGUCCUUCAAACCUUGUGGGUGAGCACUAUGUGCAUGGAGGAGGGUAUUGCGGUCAGUGGCUUUCGUGAACAAGCUAUAUUCCAAUCUGUCUGUACCUAUGGACAAUUCAACAUCCAAGUAUUGGACUUUAUCCGUACUGAUGUUCGCCGUCAUUCUUAUAGGUACUGGAAGUUUGUUAAGUUCAUCGACCAUAUUGUGUGCUUCCAUUAUGGUACCGUUCCAAAUGAUCAAAAGAUCAUCAAUGUAACGGUAAUAGCCUUGUAUUAAAUGGCCAUAUGGUAACAAGAUGUGUUUCUGUUCAUACACAUACAUGUAUGCAUUUGCAUACAUGGGGGCCAUUGCCGCCCCCAUCGAUGUGCCUGAUAUCUGCAAGUACCACUGGUUUUCAAAACGAAAGUAAUUGCGUUCCAAAGUGAUUGCCAAAAUUUCCAGUACAAAUUCAAUAGGUGGACCAUGGUACACUGUCGAUGCCGUAAGUACUUGUCGCAUGGCCUCAACACCUUCAUCAUGCGGGAUUACGGUAUAUAGGCUCUUCACAUCCAUGGUAAUUAGCAAAGGUUUAGUUUCCAUAAAUGAAAUCUCCUUAAUUUUAUUCAGGAGCAUGGGUGUGUCUUUUAUACAAGUGUCCAACUGCUCAACCGUCUGUUUAAACAAAAAAUCAAGCCACUUAGCUAAAGGUUCUAAAAUUCCUUUAAUCGCGGACACUAUUGGACGUCCCGGAGGCUUCUGAGCAUCCUUGUGGAUUUUUGGGAUGCUGUAAAUAAUAGGAGUUCGUGGAUUUUUUUGAUUCAAAUAUUGAAAUAAAUCUAAGUCUAUAUAUCCGGCUCUCAAUCCCAUAGACGAUAUAUCAUGUAUCACGCUCUGAAACUCCUGAGUAGGGUCUUGGUCCAGGGGAAGGUAGACAUUUGGAUCGUGUAAUUGGCUUUUUAGCUCGUUGGCAUAAUCAGAGUAAUUCAUAAUAACUAUUCCACCUCCUUUAUCCGCGGAGCGUAUAAUUAUAGAUCGAUCCUCAGCCAAAUUCUUAAUAAGUUUGCGUUGACGUUUUGUGACAUUAUGUCUCCUAUUGACAGGGUUACACAUUGUUGACUUUGCAUCUUUGUUGGUCAAGGAUAAAAAAGUUUUGAUUGAAGCUUUAUUAGUGGGUGGGUCAAAUGUUGAAUUCAGACGGAAUUUCUCUUUAGUUCCAUGGUUGGUAUCAAUUGCAUUAGAUCCGCUUUUGCAGAAAUAUUCUUUCAAACGAAGGUUUCUUCCAAACUUAAACCACUCCACUUCCCAUUUAAAUGGAUUCACGUCCGCUGUGGGGACAAAUGAUAAUCCAUGGCUUAAUAAGUCAGAUUCUUCUUGGAUAAGCGGUCGGUGGGAUAAGUUGAAAAUCGGAAUUAUUUCCUGAGUGGUGGCUUGCCCUUUAACACCCCUUUUGGUAUGCCCCCCUCUCCUGGUUCUGCGGUGCCCCUUACGCGACUUCUGGUAGAAGUUCCCAUUUCUGGGGUCUCUAAAAAAAGAGGGGUAUGCGGUGUGGGUUCCUUCAUAUCAUUCUCAGAGGCCGAUUCCCCGGAUGUAGUGUCAAUAGUUACAAUUCGGGGCUUGACAAUUCUUUUGCGUUGCCUCCUUGGCCUCUGAGUGCCAUUGCCGGACAGCCAUCUAUAAACCCUGUGGUCCAGGUAGUCCUGUUGGACUCUCUCGAAUUUCUGCUUUUUGAAUCUAAUCAAUUCGUUUUUAUAUUUCUGCAAUUCCUCAUGGAGCUUUUGUGACAAUUUCUGUCCUUCCACUGAGGCCAAUAAUAUGGCAUGUUCAUUCUCCACCUCCAAGAUCUUUUUCUCCACAUCUAUCAAAUCCUCUUUCACAUCUUUUAUUAUGAUAAGCAUCAUAUCCAAUGAUGCCUUGUUCAAAACCAUAGUCCAUUCCUUGCAAACCUUAGCUUUUCCCCUUCCAAUAGUUGGUACAUUAAGUACUCUAAAUCCUCUGGGAAUCCUCUUUGCCUUGUAAUAGUCAGAGAGAAAUAAUCCAUGCAUAUCUAAAUCGAUCUGUUUCCUCCGUAAUUUAGACAAUUUGAAAUAAACAUCCUUAGCGGAUAAGUGAUGUGGAAGUUCCAAACCAGUUUGUUCCCAUAAAAUAUUCUCCGCUUCUUCCUGGGAGAACUGCAUAGUAUCUGCCUGUUCCGAGUAUGCCCCAGCUUGGAACAAAAAUUCAUCCAUGCUUAUAGUUUAGUGAAUAAGCCAAAAAAUAAUAGAAAAUAGCAAAAAAUGUCCUUAUGGUCAAAUAAAGUGCAGGGUUCCAAAGCUAUCUACACAUACAGUGUCAAAAUGCUAAGGUGCUGGUGCCAGGAGGGGGUUAAGGCCAAUAACCCUAUAGACAAAAAAUACCAAUAGCUCCCGCACUCACGCUCCAAUUACCCUUGUUGCCCGGGUGCCAGCAAGUAAUAGCCGUCCAUACAAAAAUCCAACGAAUUGCUGCACUCACGGUGAAUAAAAAUCCAAGUUUAUUGAAAAUAGAUUAAAACAUCUACGACCAACGUUUCAGUCCUAUCAGGACUUUCCUCAGGAUCAAAGAGAUGAAAAACAGUAUAUACAACAUACAAGACUUUUAUACAUAAAACUAUUAAGUGUAUUAGCUUACCCCAGGUGAAACCGCCAUUCCGCCAAUAAGAUGAACAUAUGGAUGUUUUUAUGCACUUUAUUUACACUGAUAAUGUUGGCAUUUUACAAUGAACUGAGCAGAUAUAAUAUAAAGCUCGUUCAUAUUUGUAUACAUGAUAUUUAUUAUUAUUAUUAUUAUUUUUAUUCACAUGUUUUUUGGUUUAGUAUUUUUGGUAUUUGGCUCCACCCCCCUUUGAAGACAUUAACUGUGGCGAUCUUUUAUUUUCUGGCAUCACCAGGGCAACUACCGUUCCGGUCAGGUUGCCGGCGUUUGGUUGUCCAUGGUGAUGCUAUGUUUGACAACGUCGCCAAGGUAACAAUUUAGCCGCGAUCACGCGAUGACGCUAUGACGUCGCGGCAGGGGGCGGAGUCAACUCGCACAUGCGCACAGAGCGGGUCAGGACGCCGAUUGAAUGGCGGUUUCACCUGGGGUAAGCUAAUACACUUAAUAGUUUUAUGUAUAAAAGUCUUGUAUGUUGUAUAUACUGUUUUUCAUCUCUUUGAUCCUGAGGAAAGUCCUGAUAGGACUGAAACGUUGGUCGUAGAUGUUUUAAUCUAUUUUCAAUAAACUUGGAUUUUUAUUCACCGUGAGUGCAGCAAUUCGUUGGAUUUUUGUAUAUAUAUAUAUAUAUAUAUAUAUAUAUAUAUAUAUAUAUAUAUAUAUCAAUAGGGCUAUAGUUCAUCUUCAACUAUACAUCCAAUCUUUAAAUAUUUUCCCAGGAUUCCUUAUGAAAAACAUUUCCAGUAUGAAUUAAUUACCUUCUUUCCUUGGGUCCUCAGGGUGCCACUCCCAUCUCCACCACUUCCAACGAAGAUCCAGGAGCUCCUAAACCGAAACAUCAGUUUGUUCUCCUGAGCUAAACACUUCAGCGCAGAGAGCUGAGAGCAACAGUUGAUCCCUCUCAGCCAAUGAGCUAAGCCCUGCAAAGCUCAGCUUAGUUCAGACACAGACUCAGAUUCUCUCUAAGACAUCAAACUGUUCUAAAAUAGCUGGGGCACUGGGGAACUCCUAACCUCAUAAGUAUGCUGUAGUUGUUAUGGUGUUUGACGUCUGACCCUGCUACAUUACCCUGUCCUCAAAAAUCUUAAUGUUUGAAACAAUCCAAAUAGAAUAUUAUAGAACCCUGUGUAUGGAUUCCUGCAAACUGUAUUAAUAUAUUUCUGUAUAUUUAUUUGUUUUAGUACAUGAUAUUGUGCGAUAAGAUUGCUUCUCUACCUACUAUUUCAUUCACUCUGGGAGGAGUUCAGUACAACCUAACAGGGUCACAGUAUGUACUAAAGGUAAGACCCACAUUAUCCAUUGAUCCAAAUGUGCACAUAUGGUUCAUAUAAAACAUAACGUUUGUCCCAUUAUUUGUUUUUAGUAAAGGCUGGUUCAUUUGUGACUUUCGAGUGAAUUGUUCUUUUAACUGACACAUGCACUUGACUUAUUUUAAGAAUAAUUUAAUGUUUUAUAUCAUGUGUCUGGGCUUUUAAUUUUAUUGUAGUUUGAUAGUGUUUGAUAUGCUUUUAUAAAUGCUUUCCUGCAGGAUGUAUAGGGAUUUAGCUGUUGUUAUCUUUGCUUCAGGCAACAGGCUUGUCUUAAGUUUUAAGGGUUAGUAGCGGCCAGUUGGAUAUUAUUUAUGUUUGAAACAUUUUUUAUUUGGAAUUUUCAUCGGGUUGAGCAGACAAAGGAACAAAAAAUAUUCCAGUCAAGAAGACAUGAAAAACAACAACACAUCUUGUCACUGGUUCUGAAUGAUGCCAUCAAGCUCAGGGCCGGCCUUAGGCCAUUAGGCGCCCUGUGCGAAAAGUCUGCACGGCGCCCCCCCCCUUACCAAGUUGCCUGUAUACAGUCACACAAACAGUUAAAGGCAAACAAUCACACACACAGUUACAGGCACACAGUCAUUCACACAGUUACAGGCACACAGUCAUUGACACUCUAUUACAGGCACACAGUCAUUCAUACUCUAUUACAGGCAUGCAGACACUCACGCACAUUGAUAGGCACACACACACUCAGUUAAAGGCAGAUAGUCACACAUACAGGCACAGCUACAGCGUCACACAGGCAGGCAGAGAGUCACAGUCACACACACACACAGACUUACCUCGUUCCAUUAUGGCUGGAAUGGGGAGUGGAUUCAAUUGGUUGUUGGGGAAGCAAGGGCUCCUUCCUUCCUCCCUCUUCCUGUGCAGGGGCUUCGGGUAGGUAUUAGCCCUGCCUCCUCCUCGCGGUAAGCCCCACCUCAUUAUAAGCCCCGCCACCUCGAUUUAAAAAAAAAAAUUUUUUUAUAGACCCGGGUGGAUAAUAAUUAAUCCUCCACCCGGGUACCUGUUUUAUCUCCCCUGACACCAGACAUGUGCAAGCUGUGUUGGCCACAUGGCGCCCCCGGUCCAUGGCGUCCUGUGCGGCCGCACAGCUCACACACUCCUAAGGCCAGCCCUGAUCAAGCUUCUUGCAAAAGCAAGCCCCUCCAUGUGUCCCAUCUCCCUAAGCCCGUCCAUGUGUCCCAUCUCCCUAAGCCCAUCCAUGUGUCCCAUCUCCCCAAGCCCGUCCAUGUGUCCCAUCUCCCCAAGCCCGUCCAUGUGUCCCAUCUCCCCAAGCCCGUCCAUGUGUCCAAUCUCCUCAAACCCGUCCAUGUGUCCCAUCUCCCUAAGCCCAUCCAUGUGUCCCAUCUCCACAAGCCCCUCCAGGUGUCCCAUUCCUGCCCCCCAGCUCCUUACAUGUGUCUCUCCACCUCCCCUCCUGUACCUGGUCUCCGAUGCAGUACCACCGAGCAGACCCCAGCAACCAUGGUAGUCACACCACUGCCACCGAACUAGUCAUUCUAUAAGGCAGAGGGAGAAAAUUGGCAAAUAUCAGACAAAACCCCUAUAAGGCUGAAGAGAAGGGAAGUGCCCUGGAUGGGUGCAAACUGGGGUUGGAAUCUGAAUUUUAGGGUGGAUAUUAUUUAAUCAAUUUUUACUCUUCUUUACACAGAUCACAAAGAUGGGAAGAACCAUUUGCCUUAGUGGUUUCAUGGGUUUGGACGUGCCAUCUCCUGCCGGCCCAUUUUGGAUCUUUGGAGAUGUCUUCAUCGGUCAAUACUACACUGUCUUUGACCGAGACAAUAAUCGUGUGGGAUUUGCAAAAGUAAAAUAAGUACAAAGUGGAUGUCAAUAGCUCCAAAGAUUUAGUGGGUUAAUAGCAUAAAAUCAGUGUGCUGUGCCCCUAUAAGCACUUUUCGUUAUUAAUCCACAGCUGCAAAUGUUGCAGGCUGUGUUAAUCAUGAUGUUACAGAGAUUAUAGAAAUUUUUCUUUUUUUUUAAAUUAUUUUAGGAAACACUGUCAACGAGGUUCAUUUCUGAGCCUGACUUCAAAUGGUCAAAGGCAUUUGAUUGAAUGAAAACUCAAUAUAAAAUUAGUUCUUUUUUUUUCUGCUACACUAAUGAGCUCAAAAAACAAAACAGAAAAAAAUGAUUGUGUAGAUACAAUGAACAAGCAAUAUUGGCCAUCAAGUUCCUAAUGGGUUUAGAGGGAAAAGGCAUUUACUCUUAUUUAAAGUGAAAUUCCAUAUGUCCGAGCUUUUUAAGUCAAUAUAUUUUAUAGAUAAGUAAUGCAGACCUAGUCUUCCAGUAAGUGGUUGGAAUCAAGCAGCUUUUUUUUUUUUAAAGUGUUUUUUCAUGCCCUAAAAGACAAGAAAAAAUAGAUUAAUAAUACAAACGUUUCUUACAUGUCAUUGAACAUAUUUGCCUUUCAAAAAUACCAUUUAUCUUUAUCUCCUGUCUAUUAUCCCUACAAUUUAUACGAGCUAAUGCUUAAAGGAACAAUCCAGGAACAAGCUAUGUACAAGAACCACAUGGUGCCAGACGUGCUCUUGGACCUGCCCUAUUGUAAAUAGUCAAACUAUUUUAGAAUGUUUUGACUUCUUACCUGGGGUACACAAGACACUACUCCCUGCCACCUCUACUAACUAUGGACAUCCAGAAGUUCCUAAGCAUGAACCUCCGUUAGCUCUCCUGAGCCAAGUCUUGCUUAUGAACAUCCAGCUCUCUGGAGUUAGUAAUGGAGGCAGGGAGUGGUACUCGGUGGAUCCCACUUCCGAAGUCAAUCCAUUCCAAAAUGGUUUUACUACUUACAAUGGGGCAGUAGAGGUUGAUGUGUUUGGAGAGCUCUUUUAAAGGACUCUGCCCUAAGCAUUUUUGCUGUUGGAGUUCUUAAACGCUGGGUCAGGACCAGAAAAAAAAAUGUCCCCAUGCCAUUUUUAAAAGACCCAAGCCCACCGUAAUUAUCAGGUCUCGGACAACUGCCGACAAACACAUUAUUUACUGUACUGUAAUGUCACUGCUUUCCUCAGAGCAAUAAAGACCAGUUUGAUACAGUGUUUGGCGUAUUUUUUGACAUAAAGAGAUAA